AUGGCCGAUAGCGAUUGGGAUACCGUUACACGUAUUGGCAGCAAAGCCAGGGGUCCUGGCAGUGGAGGUGUCGAUCGUGAACGGGUAGUAAAGGGCAAUGCGGCGCUCAACGCCGCCAAGCGAUCCGGGGCUGUCGUCCUCACGGAAAAGAAAUAUGGAGGUACCAACAGCAAAUCGGGCGCCGAGGGCCAACACUUGACCAAGGUCGACCGCUCGGACGAUAUCAUAAAGCCCAAAACUAUCCCACUAGCAGCGUCACGGGCCAUUCCCGAAUGGCGGAAGCAGAACAAAGGACCAGACGGUAAAGCGAUGACGCAGGAAGAGCUUGCCAGAAGAGCUAAUGUCAAUGCGACGCUGCUCCGGGAUAUUGAGUCUGGCAGGGCGGCAUAUGAUAAAGUAGCGCUUGAAAAAUUGCAAAAAUUCAUGCGAAUCCAUUUGACUGGGGGUGAUAUUGGGAGCCCGAUGGGUCCAAAAUUCAAGAGGCAGCAACAGUCAUGA